UGAUUGGCUACUUUCUCAUUGUAGCAACGGAUCUCCUCGGUCGGUCGUCGUGAGCUCGCCACAAUCCGGAGCUUUCUGUUUUUGUUGGCCAGUUCCGGAUUUUGACACGUUCCAACAUGUCGUCGAGGACUCUCCCGUUGCUCUUCAUCAAUCUCGGUGGAGAAAUGCUUUAUAUUCUGGACCAGCGGCUACGAGCUCAAAACAUCCCCGCCGACAAAGCAAAGAAAGUCAUGAAUGACAUCAUCACCACCAUGUUUAACAAGAAGUUCCUGGAGGAGCUUUUUAAGCCGCAGGAGCUUUAUUCCAAGAAGGCGCUGCGCACCGUUUUCGACCGGCUGGCCCACGCUUCCAUCAUGAGGCUCAACCAAGCGAGCAUGGACAAGCUCUACGACUUGAUGACCAUGGCCUUCAAGUACCAAGUUCUCCUCUGUCCUCGACCCCGGGACCUGCUCCUGGUUUCCUUCAACCACAUGGACGCCAUCAAGGAAUUUGUCAAGGACACGGCUUGUAUUUUGGCUCAGGUGGACGAGACGUAUCGGCAGCUCAUCGAGAUGUACGCGCCGUUAGCCAGCGGCGAAUUCCAGCUGAUUCGGCAAACUCUUCUGAUCUUCUUUCAGGACAUGCACAUCAGGGUGUCCAUUUUCCUCAAAGACAAAGUGCAGAACUCCAACGGUCGAUUGCUAUCCAGGAUGUAUAGCUGCACCGGCGAAGAGACGAGCAGGCUGCAGUUCAAUAAUGGCGGAAAUUACACCGCUGCACUCUGCGAAGGAUCCUUUGAGCUUUUCGGCGACAGGGUCACCAAACUGGGCACAAACAUGUACAGCGUUUGCCGUCCGGUGGAAACUCACAUGUCGGGAACCUCCAAGCGCUCUGCUCAGCACACCAAGGUCAACCUGGUUCCCAACCCUCUGGCCAAAGAAGAGCUCAACCUCUUAGCCAAACUCAUGCGAGGCUUGGAAGUCCCGAAGGCCGGCAAUGCGGACAGCGGCUUCCGGGUGAACCUGUUCGCCACCGACGAGGAAGAAGAAGAGGCGUUACUGUCCAGACCGGACGAACUGUCAUACGGAUUCAUAAACAUCCAAGCUACAAAGGACCAAACCGCCAACGCCGAGCUGGCCAAGAUCAUGGGGGAAUUCAGCGAGUCUCGGGAGUCGCCCGAUCUGUCCACGAAUGCCAGCAGCAAAGGGGACGACCUCCUGGCCAUGAUGGACGGCCUGUGACGCCAUCGGACCCCCUACAUUGUCCGCACCAGCUAAACCGACGCUGCGACACGUGCGCAGAAAACCUCCGGGUGCUUUUUCCUCCCGAUGUUUGGGAUUUUGUGUCCUUUUGGGGUGGGUACGUUCCGGAAAAUGACCCGCGGCCAUUUUACAUUCACAGCCAAACAAGUGCUCUUUUCGAAAACCCGAUUGUAAUCCGGGUUCCAUGCCGCGAUGGCCUCAUUCGUUGCCGGCCGGCCCCAGUUUCAAUGGAUCGUUGACGUGUGUCAGUUGUCCGUGGCGGUGAACGAGUACGGAGUAAACUCGGUCGUUUUUACACGACGAUGAUGAUGUGGAAGGAUUAUGGAGCGGAAGUCGACAAAUGACGGGGAGAAUUUGUCGGUGGUUAAUUGCAUUGUCAAAAGGUGUAUUGAAUAGUUUUUAUUGAUCGGAUUUAUGUACUGUGUUUUGUGAUGUGUAUCUUUUUGCAAUGUAGCUGUUCCAAAACGAAUACAAAUAAAUUUACAUUGUGCAAAUGU